UCAAGGUCAGACACAGUCAUGUUUGUGAUUCUUCUGUUUGCAUCAACGUUAAGCCAAGGUCUUGCAAUAGUGAGCUAUGGAGACAGCUUCAUCACAGCAUUUCCAGAAAAUGUGGGUUACUUUUAUCCAUUCACUAGUAGAAGUUUAAGAGUCACAGCCCUCCAUCAAGACACUUCGUUCACUAUCUUCUACAACUACACAACAAUAACAAAAUCAAACCUGCAGAGAGGUUCAACCACAACUAUGUCAUUUCCAAAAACAGCUGAAGUACAUGAACUUAACUACUCCACUAAUUCAAUCCGAAUUACCAGUACCAAAAACGUUGUAGUACAUUCUUUGAGUCAUUCAGAUACAGGUCCCAUUCAGGAGAAAAAUAUCCAGACUACUGUUAUUCAACCCAUCACAAAUCUUGGCACAAACUAUUUGAUCCCUCCGCUAAACCAUUCAGGCCUUAUCCAAACUUUCGGCGGAUCCCCGGCACCCUUCCCGUUCAAAAGAUACAGUUCGUUCAAAUUGAUCAUCAUCAAUGCAGAGGACACAGAAAACACUAUCACGUUAGUCUGGAACGUAUCAGCCUGCGUUCAAGAAGAAAAGUUCAAGAUCCCGUCAUACCAGCUCAUCCAGAUACAGGCCAAUGACUCAAUCCUGAUGGUUAAGUCUAGCCAUAAAGUAGCAGUGAUUCUGACUCAUCCUUGUCUAGAAAAUACAGUCUGUAAAUGCAACAUGAUAGUGAAUCAGAUUCUUCCUGUACGAUUUCAGGGUCAGAACUUUGUCGUGCCGUACAUUCCGGGUAUAACCCAGAGCCGCUUACUUAUGACAUCAAAUGUCAAGUCAGCUUCUCUAUCUCACAAUAAUGUUCAGUUAAAGCCUAGUCCAUCAGGGUUCCUGUCACUUUCAGAUCAGACGAAAUCCCAGUAUGUAAAUGCGUCAGUAGGCGUGUCCCUUAGACUGAUCAGUCCAGGUCUUUUUAUUGAAUUGAUCCCAGAAAACAUGUUUGCUGCCUGCUACGUGCUACAGUUCUAUUCAGACAUCAGGUAUGCCUUAGUGAUAGCUGAAACUAGCAGCAAAAAUAAUGUACACACGCAAAGGGAUCAUAUUACAUCUGCUCAGUGGACUGAGAUUACCGGCACAAAAUACUCUUCAACUAUAAUAUCUUUAACAGAGUCACAAACCUUCAUCUGGCAUUCAAGCUCAAAGAUUGCCGUUUAUAUACUGGAAAACUCUGGCACGGCAGUUUAUGGAGGACCAGCUAUACCUAUAAGUGAUCAACCAGAUGAGUUUGGCUGUGUGGUGAUUCCUGGACAGUUUGAAGUCGGAAAUGAUCGUCUUAGUUGGGCUGAGUCCCUGGCUCACUGCACGAGUUUUCACAAACAACUUGCCUGUCCUACAACUGAAGACAUUCAGAUGGAUUUGGCCAAUGCGGUUAAUACAACAAAGGAUGAGGAGGCUUGGAUUGGACUACGUCGUAGUCUGAUGACUACAGACUGGUACUGGCAAAGGCAUACACCAUCAACAACAUCAUUACCAUCAUCAGAUUUCUUUCAUUGGGCUGAUGGGCAGCCACUAGACCAAUGGAAGGGCCUUUGUGCUUCGUUGUCACUGGAUCGUGUAGAUGCGUUCAAAUGGAAAAGUGCGAAAUGCUGUGAGAAAAAGCGCCCGGUCUGUUACAAACGCCCAAUAGUCCUUAAUGUUUUAACUCCAGGUGUAACAGAAAAUUUUAGCCAGGGACUCAUAUAGCCCAGAUAUACAUAUAGCCCAACUAUGACGCUCAUUUCCAACAUAUCCCCAAUAUACCUUAAUGUUUUAUAUCCGGUUGAUCCAGUAAAUAUUCCUUAGGGUCGCAUGUAUUUUAAAAGCACCACAAAUAUAUCUCGGUGUAAUGUUGUUUUAGGCGGUAAAAACACAGUAGUCCAUGA